AAAACCAAACCCAGUGAAUAAAUAACAAAUAAUAAUCCAUAAUCCAACACCGAAGCCCGCAAAUAAACAAAUCACCAUGCACGUGUAUUACAAGUUUGGAUUACUUUUAAUAUUUUUACUCAGCGUAAGUAUUAGUCACACAAAUGGAGCUCCCGCGAGCAGUGAACAGACCCAGCUGUCCCCCACCUUCGAGGACGACUACAAUGACUAUGAAGACAACUACAGUGACGAAGCCACCGAUAAGCAAGGUCCUGAGACAGCAGAGAAUAGACUGAUGCCACAAUCAUCUUCAACAUCGACCACCACAACAUUUCGACCAAUUUUUAAUAUACCACGACGCAGCAACCAUGUCCUGGAGCCCAGUUGCCCGCGCAACUGCCAUUGCUUGGAGGACUUCAAGUACGUCCAGUGCACCAACGCCCAUCUGACCCAUGUUCCCUUGGACAUGCCCAAAACGGCGGCUAUCAUAGAUUUAAGCCACAAUGUGAUUUCCGAACUGAGGCCCGAGGAUUUCGCCAACCUGUCGAGGGUCCAGGAAAUCAAUCUGAACCACAAUCUAAUCAGUCGCAUAGACAAUGAGGUCUUCCAAGGCUUGGAGCGUUUGCAGCGACUCCGUUUAGCCAACAACCGGCUGACCAAGAUAGAUCCCGACACCUUUGCGCCAGCCAGGGAGCUAUCAACUCUCGAUCUGAGUAACAACUCCAUUGCCCAGCGACUGGAUGGAGCCUUUCUGAACCAGCCAGGUCUGAUAGAGUUCAGCUGCUCGAAUUGCAGCUGGACCGAGCUGCCGGAACAAACGUUUGAGAACAUGAGUGCCCUGCAGGUACUCCGACUGGACAAGAACGAUUUCAAACAGCAAAUCAAUACGAGAGCUUUCACGCCGCUUAAAAAUAUAAUUAAACUUAAGUUGCCGGAGCUGGACCAGCCCAACAUCGAGGAGCUGUGCAACCUGCUCAAGUCCAUCGACAACAUCAGCUUCCGCCACUUUGACGUCAGCUGCUUCGAGCUCGUGCUGGGCACCUCCUUCAACGAGAGUCUGAUCCAGGCCACCGACCCGCCGUUCAAGCGGGUUACGGGUCUUCCAACUACCACAUCGCAGCCAACUACAGCUCCACCGCGAAGUGCCGAUCGGAGCCGGGGAAACAGCAAAAUGGCCAACAGCACGGAACUGGCCAAGGCCGGAAUCAUGAGUUCAGUGACUGAGAGCAGCGGGGUCAGUGCGGAGGGGCCCACCGAGAAGAGCAACCAGGUGGCCAUAUCCCAGGAGGCCAUCAACACCCUGCUCAUCUGCAUCAUGGUCAUUGCAGUGAUUGGGAUUAUAAUCGGCCUCAUCUGCCGCAAGGACAUUGGUGGGAUCAAGACGAAAUGCUGCCGCACUAGCAAACCAGAGCCAAAGGACCAGGUGCAUCCCACCGAGGAGAUACCAUUGAAUAAGCUAGCCUAGAAGACCAAAACCAGAAACACCUUCCUAUCCGACGUUUUGAGAAGAAUUCCAUUUUGAUGGCAUUUCGUGUUAGAUUUUAGUUAGGUACACGUAUAUCUAGUGUAUGUAUAUGGUUAAUUAGUUGACUCCAUUGUUCGCCAGCACAACAGCUACCACAGCACAUCGAUUCCCAAACACCCAACUUGUUAGACUCUAGUUGUAAGUUGUAAGCCUAGUCGCUUAGCGUUCUAUCUGCUAUUAUUUAGGGGAGCACGGGGAACCCGACCAACACAAAACACAACCACACACUCCUGGCUCUGUUCUAGAGAUAUUUUAGUUUUUAGAGAGCUGUCUUUAGCCUUAGACUUUUGCCAAAAUACAAUAAAAAUAAACCAUAAUUGUAAAUAGUA